ACUGGUAGAGGGUCCCCAUAAUGUAGGAUUUUGUCAAUUGUGUAUCCCAACACCUCUGAGGUGACUGCUAAUCAGCCAAUGAGCUUCAUUGCUGCAGACCAAAGCUUCCUGGCUUCAUGCUGCCGAGUGAACACGUUGCCAUUUAAUUGCCUACAGGACUGGAGACACGAGGCAUCAUCUUUAUAUGAGAAUCGAAAGUGAGGCAAUGAGGCCGCAGAGAGUGAAGAUAAAACCUAAAGAAGAGGCAGCAUAUUUUUCAUCCUUGGGAAAGGAUAAGGAUGGAUUUGAUGUGCAAUUCAUAAAUUCAUUCAAAGGUCGAGGAGUAUUCAGCAAGCGCCACUUUCAGAAAGGAGAGUUCCUUAUCGAAUAUCGAGGGCAAGUCAUAUGCAAAGAGGAACAUGAAAGCAGGCUACGACUAUACCAUGAUGCCCUCAAGGUUUUCAUGUUUGAAUUUCGUUACAAUGGAAAGCAUUUGUGGUAUGUAUAUUGUCACACAUACUGUAACUUGCAGUAUGUUGUUUUACACAGAAAAACUCUCUGCUUCACAAAAAUAACAAUAACACAGAGUUAUUCAUUCUGUCAUAGCGAGUUUUAUAUUUUUUGUGAUUUCAGUAUUGAUGCUGCUCAAGAGGAUGACUCCCUAGGGAGACUUGUAAAUGAUGAUCAUGUCAGCCCAAACAGCAAAAUGAAGAAAAUCACUGUUGAUGGACAGCCUCAUCUCUGUCUGUUUGCAACAAAGGACAUCAAGCCAGGUGAAGAGAUAACCUACAACUACAGAGACUCUGACUGGCCAUGGAGGUUAAAGUGUCCCACAGCAAAGGAGCAGAUUUGCUCUGGGGAUUUGGUCAGCCAUGGAAAAAGAAUUGCAACAGACAAGGAGAACAGAACUGAGGCAGAUCCACAACCUGCUGCUGUGGCCAUGACAUCUGACUGCUUGACUGAUGAUAAACAGGUUUCAGCUGCAACAGAUCGUUACCAUGCAGAGGAGGCCAUGACAUGUGCUUCCCCCAAUGAAAAUACUGAACAGGGCUGUAAGCAUGACUUGGUGUCCUCGGUAGUACCAAGUUUGGAAAAAUGUUCCCUGUGUACUGGACCCUUUUCGGCCUUGAAAUGGAUUGGCGUGAGAUGUAAAGGUAAGUAUUGUGUCUUCAUGAGGAAGAUGUGCAUGUAUCUAUUACUAAACCACAAUUAUUACUGCAACUGUCCAGUGGCGGAGCCAGAA